AUGUCCGGUACCCUCGGCUUUGGGGUGAAAAAGGCAGACAUUCCGGGUCUUCAGCGCCAUCUGUUGGAUCUGGAUCCUUAUGCAGAUGCCCUAACAGAGGAAUUCUGGGAGACGCUAUUUAACUGCACACUGGACUAUAGCAAAGCCCUGAAAAAAGCCAAAGCGAGAGCCAAGGAGGUGAACGGCACACUGGCCAGAACAGUGAAGGGGUUACCAGAUGGUCUGUGCACUGGCAGUGAGAAUGUGGCUCAGCUCAAUAAUACCUACUCUGACGUCUCUCAGUUAAGAAUCACUUACAGUGUUUACAAAGCAGUGUAUGCUGUGGCCAACGCCUUACACAACCUGGAACACUGCGAAGAAGGAAAAGGCCCAUUUGUUGGAGGGACCUGUGCCAACAUCACAAAUUUUGAGCCCUGGCAGCUGAUGUAUUAUGUGAAAAACGUGCGUUACACAAUGCCUAAUACGGGAGAGGUGAUCUACUUUGAGGACGGUGACAUAGAGGGCUUCUAUGACAUCAUUAACUGGCAAGUGAACGGUAAUGGAGAGAUAUCUUAUGUCACGGUGGGACACUACAACGGAUCAGCCUCUCCAGAGGAGAGGAUGCACAUAAGCAAUGACUCCAUUGUUUGGAACAAUGAGGAACUGGAGCCUCCUCGGUCAGUGUGCAGUGAGGACUGUCAGCCUGGCACGAGAAAGGGGAUUCGGCAGGGGGAGCCCGUCUGUUGCUUUGACUGCAUCCCAUGUGCAGAUGGAGAAAUCAGUAACACCACAAAUGCCCGUGAAUGCAUCCUGUGUACUGGAGACGACUGGUCCAAUGACGCCCAUGAUGCCUGUGUGCCUAAAAUCAUUGAGUUCCUUGCUUUUGGAGAACCGCUUGGAAUUACCUUGAUAGUGAUCUCUGCAUUUGGAGCUUUAAUAACCAUAGCUGUUGGGGUGGUGUUUUUGAUGUACCUUGGAACCCCUCUGGUGAAGGCCAACGAUCCCCUGUUGAGUUUCCUGCUACUCUUAUCUCUGGUGGUAACCUUCCUUUGCUCCAUCGUCUUCCUCGGAGAGCCUCAAAACUGGAGCUGCAUGACCAGCCAAGUAGCUUUAGCUCUCGGCUUUGCUCUGUGCCUUUCCUGCAUUAUGGGUAAGGCAGCCUUGUUAAUGCUAAGAGCUCGAGCUCUGAAAAAAGCCAGGGCCAAAGCCAAGGCAGCUGCCAAAGCUGCAAAAGCUGCAGCUGAAGCAGCAGCAAGCAGCGGCAGUCCUGAUGUGAUAGUAAACAGCUCCAUCAACAAUGACGCAGGUGCUUUGGAUAAACCUGAGGUUGACGCUCUCACCUUUGGUCACCAGAGGGCAAUGGCUGCUGUGGCAACAUUAAUACAGGCUGUAGCAUGCACGCUUUGGCUCAUCAUCCUCCCUCCACACCCCGUGAAGAACACCGCUGCUCAGAAUAUAAAGAUCAUUCUUGAGUGUGACGAAGGCUCUGUCAUCUUCAUCUGCUGCAUCUUUGCGUAUGACAUCCUGCUGGCUCUGCUGGCUUUCAUUUUUGCCUUUACUGCCCGCAAACUGGAAGACCACUUCAGCGAAGCCAAGUGUAUGACCUUUGGCAUGCUGGUCUUCUUCAUCGUCUGGAUUUCCUUUGUCCCGGCUUACCUCAGCACACGAGGAAAGUUUAUGGUUGCCGUCCAGAUUUUUGCCAUUCUAGCUUCCAGCUUUGGCCUGCUCAGCUGCAUCUUCCUUCCCAAGUGCUACGUUCUUCUGGUCAAACCUGAACGCAACAAAGAGGAGCUGAUGAAGCCCAGGCCCAAACCCAAAGACAGCUCCUUCACUGGAACGUCGGCGUCUCUUGCUACAGCUGGAACUGAAAUCAAUGCAUCAUUUGCAUCCACGGCUAUCGAUGAUCAGCCGGGAAACUAAAAUAAUCAGGAAGAAAGUUCUAAGAAUAAUAAAUAAUAAAUGUGUCUUCCUAUUCUAGAUAUAUUUGUUUUAAAUUUGCUGAAAGUUUCUAAAAUAUCUAUUUUAAACGAAAUAAUGUCUUUCUCCUGUCCUAAAACUUUAGCUCUUUCAAUACAAUUUAUUUAAAGAUGUAUCUUUUCUUUCAAAUUUACUUUUUAGUGCAAAACUAUUCUAAAUUAGAACUAGAUGCUUUUAUAUUGUAUCAU